CAUCACCCUCAUCCUCAUCCUCCUCAUUAGGGACAUCCCGUUAAGCCACCCUCAUACCGAUUCUUUGGCUUAUUCACUUCCCUGCCCCCCUCUGAGUCGUCAUUGAUCGCUAUUCACCACACCUCACCUCACCUCACCUCAUCUCCAUCGAUCAAUUUAAAAUCCACCCACGAUGCGCUCCAAUCAACCCUCAUCACACGGGCUCUCCUUGCACACUUCGUUUCCUUCCGAACGAGCCUGCACCGCCGACUGUUGCUCCAUGUCGAUAACCUCCACCACCGCUUCGACGGUGCCUCCCCAUCCUCCCGUCGGUCCGUCGUCCUCGUCUACGACACCGACUCCGCUCAGCUCCACUACCGUCAGUCCCACUUCAUCGCCCACUUCGUCUCCUUAUCCCUUCCGCCGCUUUCACCACCGCCUCAGUCUCACUCGCGACCCCAUCAAUCUGAAUGGCCACCACCACUACCCCAACAGUACUUCCUCCCCUUCCAGUCGCAGCCAAAGCCCCUUCCGACUCUCCUACUCGUCCCUCCUUCGUCGUCCCUCGUUGAUGCUCCUCCGCCGUCGCCCCUCCAAAGUCGACUUAGCCUUGUGCGAGGAACGGUCUCGAUGCGACGAAGACUCCAUCGAGCGGCAGGGUCUAGAUCUUAUGGAGCCGCGCCCGGUGGAUCCACUCGGCUUUUCCAUGGAUAGUAUGGACGCGAGUGUCUUCUCCUCGGGCUCGUCGAUGGUUGGCGAUCGAUCCUCAACACAAAGUUUGACCGUUGCGCAACCGCGCUUCGUCAUGGGUGGCAUUUUCGAGGUCUUGGAAGGAAGUGGCUAGCCUUUUCGACUACAUAGUUUUUUCCCUCCCUUGCUUUGCUUUGUCACUUGGGUUUAAAUUAUGGUGGUUAUUCCUGGUGUUUUGCUUUGCCUUGCUUUACUUUGCUCUGCUUGGUGGGAGCUUCUGGCGCUUUGCUUGAUGUCUGCUUAUCUACCAGGGUGCAACGCUCCACACCUGGGUUGUUUAUGAUCUGAGCGAAUUGGAACAGGCGUAAUACUUGGUUUGAUUUGGACGGAGUUUGGGUGAUGGGCAAUGGCGUCUUUAGAGUUGGUUGCCUUUUUCUUUUCUUUUUUCAAAUAUUUUUUAUCUUUUGAUAAAUAUGAUUCUCAAUGGAAUCCACUCAUCUACCCUCCUGCUUCUGGAUUUAUGGGCCGAAAAUACAAAUGAAUACUCUCAUCUGCUUAUACUGUCAGUUGAUUUCAGCGUU